AUGGCGACCUUCCAGCCCAAGGGUAACCAACCAAUCAGCCGAGUUCGUCUUGCUUCCUGUGAUUCGCGAAACGUGAAGGAGAUGCGCAAGCUGGCGGAGAAGUUCGACGCUCUGGAGCUGAAGGUGAAGGAGGUGGCCGCGCCGUUCACCAUGAAGAAGCACUCAUCCAACAGGAACGAGCUGCUUGGACCGAGCGACGACAGGUGCACGGUGGUGGACAUAAAGAGCACGGCCAACAUGGAGAAUCAAGAGAUUGUCCAGCUGCAGAGGAACAUCAUGAAAGAGCAAGAUGAGUGUCUAGACAGGCUGGAGGAGACCAUAGUCAGCACCAAGCACAUCGCGCUGGCGAUCAACGAGGAGCUGGACCUGCACGUCAGGCUAAUUGAUGAUCUGGACGAGAGGGUGGAGGACACGAGCAACCAGCUGCAGCGCGCGCAGAAGAAGCUCAAAUCACUCAACACACGGAUGCGGAAAAGCGGGUCAUGCACGGGCAUCCUCGUGUCGAUCAUCGCAGACAUACGUGACCUCCUCCCCACUAACCCUAUCCCUGAAUUUCACUGUGGGCGUGUUGUGCUACUCGCCAAUGCGCCGUUCGUGCGUGCGCUGCGCGGCGGGUUCACGUAG